AACAUGCGGGACAUUCGAGUAGCCUUUGAUGAGGAGACGGCGAGUCGCCUCGGGAGUCGGGCGGAAUGCGUGAGGAUGGAAAUUUUGUCCCCGGAUUGUGUCAUGUACGAAAUGCGCAAAAGAAAAGUGCGAUGCGAUUUCCCGCUCCAGAUUGGGUUUACGAUUUUGGAACUGAGUAAAUUAACCAUGUACUCAUUCUACUACGAAACCUUGCUGAGUAAGCUCACUUGUCCAGUGAUUGCCUGUUACUUUGACACGGAUUCUCUGAUCCUCGGCCUGUUCUGCAAGGACUACGAAGAUCAGUUACGAGCGAUCGCCGACGACCACUUAGAUUUGUCUUCCUUCGACCGGGAUCAUCCACUGUACAGUGAAAAGAAUCAUGGGAGACCUGGGGCUUUCAAAAGCGAAACUGGUAGUGUACCUAUCGAAGAAGUAAUAUGCUUGAAAGCUAAAAUGUAUUCCAUCAAAUUAGCUGGAGGAAAGCAAAUUGCAAGAGCUAAAGGGGUCAAAAAGAAUAUUGUACGCAAGCACCUCCUCCAUGAGACAUACUACAAUACCUUGUUCAAUCACACGAGCGUAUCGAACGAACAAGUAUCAAUCGUUGGAAAGAAACAGUGCAUGUACACCAUCAGAAACGUCAAAAGAAGUCUGAUGGCAUACGACGACAAGAGAUACCUCUGCAAUGACAUCGAAUCCUACCCUUACGGAAGCUGUGAAUAUGGAGAUGUGCAGGAAGAGAACUGAUACUUCCGUGACAUGCUGUUCUCGCGUGCGGUCUGGGACUGAGCCGUGGAUGGAGAAGGACGAACGCUUGGGUGAUCCACACGGUACUUAUGUGAAAAACGCCAUGGAUGCGGGGUGGAAAUGUCCAGUGUGCUGGAAGUGCCCCAGAGAGAACUACAAUCUCUCUGAGAAUGCCAUGAUGUGUCUAAUAAAUGUUGAAAACUA